UUAGAAACAUUUUUUAUUUUGCACAGCCUAUCCAUUUACCCAGUUUUUAUUUUUACACUGAACUGUUCCUUUAAAGAUCAGCCUUUAAACUCCAAGCUCAGGCAGGAAUUACUUUGUCAGGGUUGGGAGAGACAAAGAAACCUGUGUGUCAAUAAACUGCUGUAGAGCAAAACACUUUUGACUGUCAGCCUAUGCUGUCUUCUCCACUGACUAUGCUUGGGCAAGACUUCUCAAACUUAAGUUCAUUUAAACAUGGAGGAAAAAUUUUUAUAGUCUUGAGAAUGGUCCUUGUGCUUACAUACUUGUCUAAUUAAUGAACAGCGUUUGCUUUUAACUCUAUGAUGACUCUCCUUAUAAAUGCUGUUCUUUGCCAAAGUCAAUUCAUUUAGGGAUGCAAUAAAUCCAGGGUUCGGUCUGGGCCCCUACUGCAGGACUCCAUUGGGUGGAACACUUAGUCACAUGACAUCCCUAAUGUUGUUUGGCUGAGUUUGUUUUUAUUAGAAAUACGGUUUGUGCGGAAGAGACCAUUUAAGUCCCUGGGGAGAAAGAAGUUGGCCCAGGUCGUUUGAUGGUUUGUAAUGAAUUGAUAAAACUGACAAUGCACAGUAAUUAAACAGAGCACAUGAAAAAAUAAAUAUACAGCAGAUUGAUUAUCCACAGUUAAUGACACUUGGGGUUCAUUGGGAUUCAGCAACACUUCCGUGAUUACUAUGUUGCUUGGUUUGGGGGGAUCCUUUACCUUGGUGAGCAGAGGUAAGUGCCAUCAUUUCAUUUCAAACUAAAGGUUCUAUGUAUAUACAUAAUGGGCCUGACUGCAGGGAAUACAGACCCUCAAAAGCGCAGUAUAUACAGUCCGAAACCCACAGGCACAGGGUUCUGUACCAUAAAUCCUUUGCAGGAGGAUAAACUGUAUAAUAACCAUCACUGCUUGUGUUUGCAAAAGCCAUGGCUCCUCCAGAGCGUGAUACCAACAGUGAUUAAAGUAUCUUUAUAGGGCCAAGACAUUGGAGACCCGUUUAGGCUACGUGAGAAGACACAGACACCUUUGUUAACCCAGGAGCAGCGAGGUCCCUUUAGCUUUCACCUCUUCUUCCCUCUGCAUCUUCUCAUCGGUGUCGGCAAAGAAAUGCCUUGCACGGGGACUUCAUCGCUUCUGCUGCUGCUUGCCGGAGUCUUGCUUCCUGCAAUGCUCUCAGCAGGGUAUCCUCAAGCUGCAGCCCCCACUCACUGGUUUGAACCUCCGGAGCUACCGUCAGGUGUAGAACCCAUAGACACCACACCAUCAGUCCGCCUUUUCGACGUAACCGGCAUUCCCUCUGAUGCUUCUGAACCAGAUCCCACACAUGAAGACCCUCUGGGAAACGAUGAUGGUUCUCUGGGUCCGGGGGCCGUUGCUGCAAUAGUCCUGGCUGCACUACUGGGCACCUCUGUCCUCAUUGCUCUCAUCGUCAUCACUUUUAGGAAGUUCUCUGCACCUUAAAACAAUAAAGCAAGUCUAUGUCUAUAUAUAUAUAUAUAUAUAUAUAUAUAUAUAUAUAUAUACUGUAUACAACCAGUGUGGGAUCAUUGAUGGCCCAGGUGCAAAGGCAAGACGACAAAAUGAGCAGAUACUGCAGAUGGAGCCCUGUUUUACUGCCUUUAUAAAUAAAGCAUUGUUUUCGAGGGAGGGAUUCACGUCCUGGGGACCCAGAAGACAUCAUUGCUUAAGAGCGACGCCUGACGUUAUUCACAUGCAUUAUUUAAUUCGUAACAUGUCUGAACAUAAAAAUGUAUAUCAAACUUUGCUUAGAAAGAUAAAACAUCUUUACAAUCUGUCAACAUUUAUUUGGAUUCACGUCAUUCCCAUAAAUAAAGAUUGUGUUCUUAAGA